AUGAGUGGAUCAGAUUCCGAAGAAGAAAACACUUUGCGCUAUGGAACACCAUUAGAACCAUAUGAAGAAGAUGAAAUACCAUCGAAAAAGAAGUAUCAACCUCAGGAGCAAUAUGCAUUGGACGAACAUGGAAAACGUCGAUUUCACGGAGCAUUCACUGGUGGAUUCUCCGCUGGGUUCGGUAAUUCAGUUGGCACACCAGAAGGAUGGACUCCAAGCUCGUUUAAGAGUUCACGAGCUGAUAAAGCACAGUUUUCUAGCCAGAGACCAGAAGAUUUUAUGGAUGAAGAAGAUCGUUCCGAGUUUGGUAUAGCACCUCGUAGCUUACAAGCCAACCAGGAGUUCACGGGACAGAAACGAACAAGGACUAGAUAUUAUGACGGCACUAUACCAGGAGUUCCAGUACUAGAGCAGCUUCUUCGACCAGUUCAUGAAACAACUGCUGUAAAGAUUCUAAGGAAAAUGGGAUGGAAGGAAGGUCAGGGGAUCGGAGACAGAAUAACUAAAACGGAAAAGAAGUUAGCAAACAAACAACACAAAGUCUAUGGCUGUUAUAUGCCAGAUGAUAUGAAACAGGUCAACCAGGAGUCUGAUAGCUCGGAAUCGGAGUUCGAAUACGGCCAGCUGUUCGCGCCGGAUGAUUAUGAGCCUUAUGUGCUAAAGAAUAAGCACGAUAAGUUCGGUCUGGGUUAUGAAGGGCUGAGUCGACAUUCUGUGUUGGGGAAUAUGGUGGGGGAAUAUGACGCUGGAGGAUCCAAGAGCCACCUCCUCAUGAGGGAUAAGGGCAGGAAGGUGUCAAUUCGCGGCCAGGCGUUCGGUGUUGGCGCUUUCGAAGCUGAUGAUGAAGAUAUUUACAGUAGAGAGGAUAUGACGAACUAUGAUUACGAGAUGGGACCGGAAGUGACGAAGAAGAAAGAUGUCGCUAAACAACAGAAUAAUGUGCUUCAAGGCUUUGUUAAGUCUAAAGCUAAACUACCCUCAAUUGCUUCCUACCCUCCGCCGACUUUACCGAGGGGUUAUGUCCCUACAACAAGAAAAUCGAGAUUCGACGAAAGUAUUACUCCGCAGAGGGACCAAGGUCUCGGACGACAUGAAUUAACAGCAGCCGCUAGAGGAGCUCUUUUAGGAGAAAAACCUUUAAACAGCACAGAAAAUAUACAAAAUAAGGACACUGAACAACAAAACACAGCUAAUUCAACCAAAAUAUUAAUCAAAGACAUGACAAUUCCACAAGAAACACAAGAAUUGAACUUCAUAUCAAUAAAAGAUACAAAUAAAACUAAUUUAAAGGUUUUCAAGCCGUUUUCCAGCGAUCCUCAGAAGCAAUUGAGAUAUGAGAGGUAUCUAGAAAUGAAGCCAGAAAGAGAUAGCGCUAAUGAUAGAUUGUCUCAGUGGGAAAGAGACAGAGAGAUGGCUGAGUUUGAACAAGCUGCGAAACUUUAUAAGCCAUUGACUGGCAUUAUGGGCGACAGAUUCACCCACGCGUCUGAACCUGACGAAGCUUUGAAUCCUUUGUGUGCGGUCGCAAAAAGUUCCAUCAAUUACGGCCUAGCAACUCCCGAAAUGAUUGAGGCAGCGAAAAAGGGAGCAUAUGGGGUCAUGACACGAAAAGAAGUGUCAUGGCGGCCGGAAACGCUGGUCUGUAAAAGAUUCAAUGUACCGGAAAUUGGUGGCAGACUUGAAGAAUCGAAAGAUGAUAAGCCAAAAGUAUCAUAUUCAAUAUUCUCAUACAUGGAAACAUCUGUUCAUGAUAAAGAGAGUUUCACUAAAGAACAAACGAAAUUCUCAGGAUCCAAAUCUUUAAAUUCCUCAAACAUAGAAAACAAAACCAAGAAACCCGAUAAAGAUGAAGAAAAACAAGAAAAUGUGAACAAUGAAAAAAAUCCAACAAAAAGAUUGACGGUCGCGGAACUAUUUAUAAAAGAAUCUGAAAAAGAUUUGAUCGAAAAAGACAAAGAGGUGGCUCAUACUAUCGAGAAGUUUGAUAAAAUCGAUUUGUACAAAUCGAUAUUUCUCAGCGACAGUGAGGACGAAGGAAUCGAUAAAAAUGAUUCGAAUGAUGCAACGAAAAAUAUCGAAAGAAAUAACUCACCGCCUAGAGGAAUCUUCGCUAAUAUAGAUUUUGAUGAAUUAAACGCUUGGAGACGAAACACAAAUAAACAGACAGACAAAGAAACAAAACAAAACCAAGAAACAAAUAACAAAGAACUUACUAAAGAUACAAAUAGUGACGACAAACAUGAAGACAAAGUUAACGAAUUAAUGUACGGACCGAAGAUUCCAGAAAACUUGCAAAAAAGAUUAGAAGUCCCACAAAAAGAUAACUUUAAACCCGUUUAUAGAAGCAAAGAUAAAAGGGAUGAGUCUUCAUCGAGCUCGGAAUCCUGGGUCGAGGCGGACAAACAAAAGAAACAAAAGAAAAAGAAAAGCAAGAAACAAAAGUCUAAACACAAGAAGAAACAUAAAAAGAAAGAUAGAUAA